UAUACACAUUGGGGUCCUGGGUUUGCACACAUGCACACUGGAAUACGGGAAUCUACACACACACACACACACACACAUAGACGCUGUCAAGCAGCAUUGGCCUGCAGAGACAGAGUGAGCAAAUCUGACCACGCAGUGCAGUGCAGAGGAGAGUGAGGUGUCCUGUGGCUGUCCAGAGACAGCUCGGUGUCCAUGCAUCCAGACAUCCUGAUGAUCAUCAUGACUGUGCAGCUGAGCCUCCUCAUGCUGGCUCUCAGUGUGUUUGGACAAGAGCUCCCAUCAGGCCCUCAUGGCUGCACGGACGGAAGCUGCUACCCUGCGACAGGAAACCUUUUGAUCGGACGUGCAGUCAACCUAACUGCCACAUCCACAUGCGGCCUGGGCGGGCCUGAGCACUACUGCAUUGUUAGCCAUCUGCAGGAGUCAGACAAGUGUUUCGAGUGUAACUCCCAACACCGCUACGAUCCGUACCGCCACAGAAACAGCCAUCGCAUUGAAAACGUGAUCAACCUCAUGGACAACAUUGGAAGCAACACGUGGUGGCAGUCUGUCAACGGACAGGAGGACGUGAGCAUCAGACUGAACCUCGAGGCCGAAUUCCACUUCACACACCUUAUCAUGAAGUUUAAGACUUUCCGACCUGCAGCUAUGAUCAUCGAGCGCUCAGCUGAUUUUGGCCGUACAUGGCGCCCCUACCGAUACUUUGCCUCAAAUUGUACCAGAACCUUCUCUGGCAUCCCAUCCAAUGGCCUUCGCCACAUUAAUGACAUCAUCUGCGAGGAACGCUACUCUGACAUUGAGCCUUCCACUAAUGGAGAGGUUAUUUAUAAAGUGUUGGAUCCUGCCAUUCAUGUGAGAGACCCAUACAGCUUGGACAUUCAAGAACUUCUGAGAAUCACCAACCUACGAAUCAACUUUACCAAGCUAAACACUUUGGGAGACGACUUGCUGGACAGACGUUUUGACGUCCUGCAGAAAUAUUAUUAUGCCAUCUAUGAGCUGGUGGUCAGAGGGAGCUGCUUCUGUUAUGGUCACGCCUCAGAGUGUGCCCCAGUGCCAGGGGUUGACGCCCGGGAAAAUGGCAUGAUCCACGGUCGCUGUGUAUGCAAACACAAUACAGAGGGCCUGAACUGUGAGCGCUGCAAAGAUUUCCAUCAUGACCUGCCAUGGAGACCAGCGGAGGCAGAGAACCCUCACUCAUGCAGAGAGUGUAACUGUAACAGCCACUCAAACCAGUGUCACUUUGACAUGGCGGUGUAUUUGGCCACGGGUAACGCCAGCGGAGGAGUGUGCGAUGACUGUCAGCACAACACCAUGGGACGCAACUGUGAGAUGUGCAAACCGUUCUACUAUCAAGACUAUAUCAGAGAUAUCAGGGAUCAACGGGUUUGUGCUGCCUGUGACUGUGACCCUGUGGGCUCACUGGAGGGGGGUGUGUGUGACAGUCACACCGACCCAGACAUGGGGAUGAUCGCAGGACAGUGCCGCUGCAAAGUCAAUGUGAAAGGCACACGCUGCGACGACUGCAAAGAGGGUUACUAUGGACUCAGCCAGAACGACCCUCUAGGCUGCCAGCCUUGCAACUGUGACCCUCGUGGUAUCAUUAUGAUGGGAGCUCCUUGUGAUCAGAUCAGUGGGGACUGCUCCUGCAAACGAUAUGUCACAGGACGCUACUGCAACCAGUGUCUGCCUGAAUACUGGGGGCUCAGUAACGACUUGGCCGGCUGCAGAUCCUGUGAUUGUGACUUUGGUGGAGCCUUCAACAACAGGUGCAUGAUGGAAAAUGGCCAGUGUGACUGCAGAAGACAUCUGAUUGGUCGACAGUGCUCAGAAGUGCAGCCUGGGUAUUUCUGUGCUCCGCUGGACUACUACAAAUACGAGGCUGAAGUCGCAACUGGACACUCCCCCAGUGACCCUGCGCUGCCGGGCAAAGUUCGUCCCCAGGCAGAGACCGACUGCGUUCAGCACCUCAGUAACCAACUCAGACGUCACCGCCGCCACCGCCGCGUUACCAACUCGCAGCAGCAUCGGGCGGCACUGAGACGGAUCCGCCAGCUUCAACAGACACCAGAUGUGAGGACCGUUCACAGAGAGCACUCUUCCAGCCACAUGGUGACGUGGACAGGACCUGGGUUCGCCCGUGUCAAAGAUGGUGCUGGCCUGGUGUUCACUAUCGACAACAUCCCCUACGCCAUGGAGUACGACAUCAUGAUCCGCUAUGAACCCGAGUCCACAGAGGACUGGGAGGCCGUUGUCAGUAUUACUUCAGUUCUGCUACCCUCCAGUCUCCGGUGUGGAAACCUUCUCCCAACUGAGCAGCUCUACACUGUAACACUGCCACACCGCAAUAGAUAUAUCCAGAUGCCCAGGCCAUUCUGCUUCGAGCCCAGCAACCGUUACGUGGUGGCAAUUAGGUUCCAGCGCCACGGUGUCUCACACAGACAUCUCACUGCCUUCGUUCUUAUUGACUCGCUGGUUCUAAUUCCCAAAUACACUGAGCUUCCUGGUUUCCAAAGUAACGAGCCAUUGGCCGAGCAGCGGCGGGAGGAGAUGAUUCGCUACAUGUGUCUGGAUUCCUUCAUGAUCACACCGAUGCCCGUCCUGGCUGAGAUGUGUUCCAAACUCAUCUGUAGUAUUUCCUCCAUCAUUCACGGCGGCGCUCUGUCCUGUCAGUGUGACCCGCAGGGUUCCCUCAGUGGGGAGUGCGAUAGAGUGGGAGGUCAGUGUCGAUGUAAACCCAACGUCAUGGGUCAACACUGCGACCAGUGUUCCCCAGGAACCUACGGCUUUGGAGUGAAUGGCUGCACUGCCUGCGACUGCCACUCUGAGGGUUCAUUGAGCCACCAGUGUGACCCAGUUACAGGCCAGUGCCAGUGUAGGCAGGGAGCCACUGGACGGAUGUGCUCUGACUGCCAACAAGGCCAGUGGGGCUUCCCCAGCUGCAGCCCCUGUCAGUGUAACGGCCACGCAGACCUCUGUGACCCCAGCACCGGGGAGUGUCGAGACUGCAGGGACUACACAGCUGGACACCUCUGUGAACGUUGUGUGGAUGGCUUCUUUGGGAACCCAGUGCUUGGCUCAGGGGAACACUGUCGGCCUUGCCCCUGCCCCGGAAACCCCGGCUCAGAUCACUUUAACGGACACUCCUGUCAGGCUGAUCACAGCACUAACCAGAUCAUCUGCAACUGCAAGCAAGGCUACACUGGAUCCCGCUGUGACCAGUGUGCCCCUGGUUACUAUGGUAAUCCAGACCAGCCUGGGGGGCAGUGCCUACCAUGUGAGUGUAGCGGCAACAUCGACACCCAGGACUUUGAGUCAUGUGACCCCAGGACCGGCCAAUGCCUCAAGUGCCUGUACAACACCGACGGCCCCUCCUGUGCACACUGUCAACAUGGUUACUAUGGCAACGCUCUGGCCCAUGACUGCAGACGUUGUACCUGUGUGACUGCUGGCACUAUGCAGUCUGCUUGCAGCGAUGGACAGUGUCACUGUGACCGGCAAACAGGAGCCUGUCCUUGCAGGGAGAAUGUGGCUGGAAACAACUGUGACCAGUGCGCCUCGAACCACUGGAACUACGGUCAGGACCGAGGCUGUGAGCCCUGUCACUGUGACCCACAACACGCUCUGGGUGCUCACUGCAACAUGUUCACAGGCCAGUGCCACUGUCAUCCAGGCUUUGGAGGCAAGCAGUGCACUGAGUGUGAGCAGUUCCACUGGGGUGACCCUCAGGUACAGUGUCAAGAGUGUAACUGUCAUCCCCUGGGCUCAGAGAUGGCCCAGUGUGACCGUACAACGGGAGCAUGCGAGUGCCUGGAGGGAGCAGUCGGGAAGCAGUGCGAUGAGUGCGCUCGAGGCUUCACAGGCGUUUUCCCAAAAUGUGUCCAGUGUCACCCGUGCUUUCAGCUGUGGGAUGAUGCGCUGUGCCAGAUCAGAAGGGACCUGGAACACAUCCAGUACACGGUGCAGAAGAUCCUGGAGAGCGGGGUCACGCCAGGAGUAGAGGACACGCACAUCAAAGAACUGGAGAGGAAGCUGAAGCAGGUGCAGGAUCUGAUCAGUGUGGACGACAGCGACAGGAUCCACCAGCUGAUUGGACAGAGCAUUGAUGACCUGAGGGCUGAGAUUGCACUGACCGAUGGGCGUCUGAUGGGCGUCACCCGAGAGCUAAAUACAACAGCAGAAGAAGAGGAGGCACUGAGACGUACACUGAAUGAUCUGGAGAAAGACCUGAGGGACAUCAACACCACUGUGGCUCACAAACAGCGCCUGCUCGAUGACUACCUCACCGCAGGGUUUACAGAUCAGUUUGAGAAAGUCAAGAAGUACUAUUUACAGUCAUUGGAGGCUGAGGAGAAAUGCAACAGCUCAGUGUAUGGUCCCUCCAGUGCAGUGGAACAGUCCAAAGAAACCCGCACUCUUACUGAAAACCUGCUGGAUGCCAGCAAAGACAAGUUCCUCCGCUCUCUGGCAGCUCAGAACAAAUCAUUGAACGAGCUGCAGGAGAAGGCUCACAACCUGGAUGAGAAGGUCCAUCUCCUCAGCCAAAAGGUAUGUGGUGGUCACAGCAAUGACAGCGUAAAUGGAAGUUGCCCAGACAGCCAGUGUGGUGGCGCCGGUUGCCGUGACGAUCAGGGUAAUCGUGUGUGUGGAGGCGACGGAUGCAACGGAACGGUGAGCGCCUCCAUUGCUGCCCUUAAACAAGCUGGGCUCGCCACCAACGGUUUGAACACUGCCAAUGAGGAGCUGCAGGGUGUCGCCAAAAAGCUCCAGGAUAUAGCCUCUCUGACGCAGGAUGUGAAGAACCAGGCGAUGAACACGCUGGAGAAAGCCCAGAAGAAGAAAGACCAGUUUGAAAACAACAACAAGAAGCUCAAAGAUUUCAUCGAGACGAUCAGAAAUUUCCUCACUGAGGAGGGAGCCGAUCCAGAGAGCAUAGAGAAAGUGGCUCUGCAGGUGUUGUCAAUCAAGCUGCCGUUCAACAAGACCACGCUGGACAACAUGGUCAUGAAGAUAAGGGACGGCCUGUCCAACCUCACCAACGUGGAGGACAUUGUCAACCAAACCUCGCAGCACAUCAGCAAAGCCAAGGAGCUGCUUGAGCAAGCUCAAGAUGCCAAGAGGCGAGCGGAAGGAGUGAAGGAUAAAGUCAAUAGCACGAAGCAGGCAUUGGAAGUGUCUGAAAAGGCCAUAGACAAAGCAAGAACAGCCCUGACAGAGGCCAACAAUAACCUGAACAGCACCAGGAAGGCGACUGCUGAGGUGGAGGAGAGGCUGGAGCAGCUGGAUGAUAAUCAAAUGGACGUCAUGAUGCGUUUGAACAACCUCUCUAUGGGGGUGGAAGCUCUGAGGAACAAGACGGAGCAGAACAGACAGAUGGCGAAAAACGCCAAAGCACUGGCUAACAACGCCACUCACCGAGCGUCCUCACUGGAGCAGAGCCUCAAUGAAACAGAGACGCGGUUCCAUGAGCUGCAGACGAAGGUGGACAAUCUUGGUGGUGAGUCUGGAGAUCUGAACAGCAUCAACCAAAGGGCGAAGGACAUGAAGAAGGAGGCAGACGACCUCUUAAACAAAGCCACUGACGGGAUAAAACAACUCGAGAAAUUGGAGAAAAGGUUCAAGACAAAUGAGCGGCGGAUGCAGAGGCAGCGCGCGGACCUGGACGAGCUGAAGGAAAACGCCACCGUGGUGCGGGACAAGAUCUGGGAACAGUUGCAGAAGUACUCUAGCUGCGUGUGAGGUCGCCAGGGUCGCUUGCUGCCUGUUCACCGUUUGCUGCUGUGGUCCAGAGUACAGUGUGACUGAUGCUGUGCCUAGGACAGAAAACUACAACGCUGCUCUGGUACCUCCAUAUUUUUACUGCUACUGUAACUUUUACACUUUUAGCCAUCAAGUGUUAUAUCACAGAAACUUCCAAUGUCCAUGUACUGUACCACUGUUUGACCUAGAUGAAAACGCUACCCUGUGUGGUGUGUAUGUCUUUAAGCUAUCACAACAAGUGGAUCACUUUUUGUUUCAUUUUAUACACCAUGAUAAUUAAUUUCAUUUUCAUGAUAAGAAAAUAUAUAUCAGAGUAUGUUAUUAGAAAACUGUUAUUUUGACCAAAAGUGCUUUUAGGGUUUUGUGUGUGGUGGUAGUAUGUUAUUUACAUUAUUACAUUUCUAUUAAGAAAUAUACAGAUUGAUUUCUGAAAAAUUCAAUGUUGUGUUUAUUUUUAUCACUAAAAGAAACUCUUGAUUAUAUACUUAUGAAGUAUUCGUAUAAGCAAAAUUAAGACUGACUCGCAAUGAUGGAGAAAAAUAAAUUUGAUACAGUUUAUUUAAACUCAUGACGUCCUGUGUGUGUCAUAAAGUGCAUAUGUUAUCUUACAUAUAUAUCACAAAUGCAUUAGUCUAUGGUUUGCAGACAAGAGAAUCUGCACCACCCAGCUGUGGGGAUGGAUACUGCAACAACUGAGAGAAAUGUGAUGGACAUGGUCCUAUGUCCAGGAUAUGGUAUCGAAACUAUUUAACAACACGAAGAAGUAAUUACAUGUAGGAUGAUAUCUUGUUUUAUACGACCAAACAUUACCUUUAUUUUUAUAACCUCUAUGUGAGACCUUUUUUACCCGACACUCACUGAGAUGGCAUGUGGCUGACAAGCUACACACACCGUAGAAACCCAUGCAAAUACCACCAUUGUAACACUUCAUCCUGCCACCAAGUGGUGAGGGAGACAAUCACCAUCCUUCCUUCCACCUCACAUGAUAAAAGAAAGACACAGUUAAAUGUAUUUUUGAUUACUUUAUAAACAUUUUGAUCGAA